AUGGACGAUCAUGUGCUGCAUGUGAUAGCUUCACAGGAGAUAUGGCAUCCCCUGGUCUAUACGAUCCAGCGCUGUGCGCGCCAGGUACAGGAACGCGGUGAUCUGUCGUAUGUCGUACGUACGUGUGCGGAUGUGAUUCGCGUUCAGUGCGAGCAGCGGUUUCUUGUCUACCACUAUGCCGACGUACCAGUAGCCUGGCGUGCUCUGCAUACGGACGCGAUCCUAUUGAGUGGCGUGGCAACGCUGGCCAUGCAGGAGCCUACGGAGGUAGAAGCUCGCAUCCGCGACCUGGACGUGGCCCUUAUUGUUUCUGGCGCACCGGAUCGCGAAGCGGAUGUGCACAUGCUUCUCCGUGCCCUGCAAGCGUACAUGCCCAGGGACGACACUGUGCACCCACGCCUCGUGCCCGACCACAUCCCACUCACACAGACGAACGCCGCGCGGACCGUCGACGAGUAUGCCGAAGCGCCGUCGCUGCGCGCGUUUUUGGAUCGGUGUCCGCAUCCACGUUGCCCAUACGGCGCGCCGUUUGUUGUGCGUGGAUUUGCGCGCGACUGGCCAGCCAUGUCGCGAUGGCGCGAUCCGUCCGACUUGUGCCGACGGGCAGGACCCGGGCGUGUCGUGCCUGUUGAAAAGGGCCUGUCGUACACGGACGAAGCAUGGGGCCAGGGCAUCGUGCCUUGGUCCGACUUUCUCGCGCGGAUCGGCUGGUCCUCAUCAGCUUGCGAGCCACUAUACCUGGCGCAGCAUACGCUACAUACCCAAUUCCCAUGGCUCGCGCACGACAUCAUCUUACCCGACUACGUAUAUGCGUGUCCACCACACCCAGGCUAUGUCGCGUACCACGAAGGCAUGGAUCCUAUUCAGAGCGUCUGGAUCGGCCCCCGAGGCACGGACUCGCCUGCCCACACGGAUCCCUACUACAAUUGCUACGUCCAGGUUGUGGGACACAAGCACGUGUGGCUUGCGCCGCCGCCUCUGACCCUGCCCGCCAUGUCUCCGGAUGUGGCCUUCGGUUCGAUGCUGCAGAACACGACGCAGCUCUCUGUGUGGGAGGCAGCACAGCCACCAGCGUUUGUGCAAGAGGUCGUGCCGCAUGCGCAGCACACCGAGCUGCAUCCCGGAGAUAUGCUGUUUCUGCCGCCGAUGUGGUGGCACGCGAUGAAAAGUACCAGUCAGAGCUUUUCCGUGUCGUUCUGGUUCUAG